AUGAUUAAGACUUUACACAAGAGCUCUACCCGCAAUAAUUACAAGAGUCUUUAUGAUGGAGUGAGAAAGUAUUUAUUCAAUGAAACUGGACAUAACAUUGAUCAAGGCUCAAGUCUCAUGAAACAUCAGGGAAAUCAAUUUUUAGACAAUGAUUCUGGAAGUAAUAAAUGUAGGAACAUCUUUUAUCAAAGAGCAGAUGUUUCUCUGUAUAAAAGUGUGGAUAUUGGAAAGAAGGCUUAUAAUUGUAGUGAAUAUAGUAAAGUUUCUUAUCAGUCUUGUAAACUUACUCAACAGCAGAGUAUUCAGAAUGUGGAGAAACAUUACAAGUGUAACACAUGUGGGAACAUAGUCACUAAAUCAUUAAAUCUAAGUAGCCAGAGGAAAAUCCAUACAGAAAGGAAGCCUUUCAAAUGUACAGAGGGUGGCAAAGCCUUUAUCUGUCCCUUGUGUCUUACUCAACAUCAACAGACCCAUACUGGGGAGAGACCUUAUACGUGGAAGGAAUGUGGCAAAGGCUAUACCUGUUGCUCAAAUCUUACUCAACAUCAGGUAAUUCAUACUGGAGAAAAGCCUUACAAAUGUAGAGAAUGUGGCAAAGCCUUUAAUAGGCAUUCAUAUCUCACUAUGCAUCAGCGAAUUCAUACUGAGGAUACUCUAUACAAAUGUAGAGAAUGUGGCAAAGCCUUUAUCUGUGGUUCACAUCUUAUUCAACAUCAGCAAGUUCAUACUGAAAAGAAGCCUUAUAAACGUACAGAAUGUGACAAGUCUUAG